UGAAAAGUAGUCACUGCCCUCUGGACGUGCUUUAGAGACAAGGCCGACGGGGUUAACGGAUACCGGACUUGUGGGACGCCACAGUCUUUAGCUUGAGCCAAAAUUUGUAUUUCACCAGGGGGCCAUUCGUUGAGAGGACACAUGCCCAGGAAGAUGGUUUGUGGAGGACGAUGAGAAGUGUCGAUCCUGACGCCUUGUGUGUGAGAUGAUGUGUGAGGGUGUAGGUGACACAGCGCACUAGUGCGGUUCCGGGGCACGUUCCAGGUCACCAGUGGGUAGCUGGUGUUUAGAGCUGCUGCACAACGACAUGCGGUCACUUAGCGAAUGAGUGUAGGCAGAGAGGAAACUGGGCUGGAACACUGGAGCCCUCAGCGCGGAGGGUCAGAGAGGUGAAGGGGUAGGAGGAAACCAGAUGGUUGUGGGGUCUGUUUUGGAAGCUAAGAGAAGAAAAGAGGGUGGAGAGAGGUGAGCAUCAGCUGUCAGAUGCUGCCUUUAGGUCAAAUAAGGUGAGUACUGAGAAUCUGCCGUGGGAUUUCACGUCUGUGAGGAGCAAGCUGGACUGUAGGUAAAGAGGUAAGGUGGGAUUUUCAUCAGUAAUAACUGUUGCAGGAGGGAUAAGAGCUGUGUGAACUGAGCUGACCUUGGAUUUGUCCAGAGGUGACUGAGGGACUAGGCAUGGGAAGGGGGAGCGGCACUCAGUAGACUUAGGAAGUGAAAAACUACAAAAACUGGGGUGGGGCUGUCGGUCCAUGUGAAACCCAUCUGGGUUUGCUAACUGGCACUUAUCAAAGGUAGGCACCUACCCUUCCACAGGGCCGUCCAGUGGGGCCCCAUCUUCGGGUGUUGGCUGGAUUCUUUCGGCAGCCUUGACUUUCUCAGGCAGGCACUUUUUAAGGGCGCUAGGGUCAUCGUAGGGAUGGGGCCUUGAGCUGUUAGAAACUGUAUUAGUGUUUUGUGCAAGUCUUUGUGGGCCAAGGUUGAGGACCAGUGGAGAGAGGAGCCUGGCUACAGUUUGGUCCCGGAGAGAGGCUUUGUCCUUCUGGUGUCCUUGGUGAGCUUGAGAACAGUUGUGGUAGAGUGGCAAAAGCCUGGUGGGAGGGCUGUGAGACGGAACAGGAGGGAAGGGCUUACAGGCAGUGCAGGUAGGUGGCUCUUGAGGGUCUUGGCAGGAGGAAGCAGAAAUGGGGUAAGAGCAUGUGAGAUCAAGAGAGUUUUUACGAUGUGGGAAAUUUUAGUUGAUUGAGUAGAAGGGAAGCUGGAACAGUGCAGGAGGGGAAUUGCUCAGGGAUGUCCCUGCAUAGGCGGGGCAUGGAACCCAGUGUGGGAGUCGAGGGUUUGGCCUCUGUUGGAAAAUGGCAGGAUUGCAUCCUGCCAGGAGAGAAGGGUGGGGGGUAGAUGUGGGAGCUUGUAGAAGUUCCCUUCCAGUUGCUUUGAUUUCCUCUGUGACCGGGAAGUAAGGUUCUGUGAGAGAAGGGAGAAGACCUUGGAGGUUUGAGAGGAGAAGCUCUUCCAGGCGAGUGGCUGGGGUGGGGAAAUGUGGGGCCACCAGUGAGGCUGAAGGAUUGUUGGACCCCGGGGUGCUGAGCGAGGUGAGCUGCAAAGAGGGUAGGUGGGCUUGGUGAGUAAGAAAUUUGGAGCUUUUGUAGUAACUGGGCUUCGAGUUUGGCAUUUGGAGGAGGGGGAGGGGAGGGUAAAGUACCAGGAGAGCAAAAUCUGGAGGCCAUUCUAAGUGGGCAAGUCAGAACGCAGACCAGUCUGGAUCAAAAUGAACAGGAACAAAGUCCUGUUCCGCUCCUGGACUCCUUGGAUGGAUUUCGAGGGUUGUGGAUUGUGAGGGCGCACACCCUCCUCCAGGGGCCCUUCCCUGCAGCCUGAUAGGACACAUCAGAGGGAUCAUGCUCUGGCCCUGGAGACCCGGCAGCCUCAGCCUAUUGGUGCUGACACGUCCUGACCGGUGACUGUCGCCACGCCCAGACGGUUAGCUGGUCUCUGUGUGUCUGAUGUGGGUCCUCAGCUUCCUGCUGGUAGAAGAUGGCAAAACAGAAGAGAAAAGUUACCGAAAUGACAGAGAAAAAGAACAAAAAAUUGAAGAAGGCAUCCACAGAAGAGACCCUGCUGGCACCUCAAGCCGUGUCGGGCACCGAGCAAGCACACCCCGAGGGAGAAGCAGUGUUGGGGGCCAGGCAGGAGACGGCCCCCCAGCUGCCCGCACUGACCCCGGAAGAGAAGAGGGUCCUGGAGAGGAAGCUGAAGAAGGAGCGGAGGAAAGAGGAGAGGAAGUGGCUGCGGGAGUCAGGAGCAGCCCAGAGCCUGCCCGCCAAGCGCUCCGGGGCCCAGCUGGCCCUGGACUACCUCUGUGGCUGGGCCGAGAAGCACGAGAACUGGAGAUUUCAGAAGACGAGGCAGACUUGGCUGCUGAUGCAUAUGUACGACAGUGACCAGGUUCCCGACGCGCUCUUCUCCACCCUGCUGGCCUACCUGGAGGGGCUCAGGGGCCGCGCCCGGGAGCUGACGGUGCAGAAGGCGGAAGCCCUGAUGCAGGAGGUGGACAAGGCCAGUGGCGCGGAGCCCCUCCCACUGGGGAAGACCCAGCGCAUCCGGCGGGUGCUGCAGCUUCUCUCCUAG